GUGGGUGUGUACGAUUUGGCUUCGGGAAAACGGUUGUUCGAUGCGAAACUGGGCACCACCGAUCGUUUGCAACACGCACCCGUUCAAUUGUUUACAUUUGCGUUGGUGGGACGAGAAUAUGAAUUUGUGACUGUGGGACAGGAUUGUCGACUGGAUUUCUUCGUUGUUCAACCACAGCCACAAUCUGGAGGAUCUGCCGCAACAAGUUCGGCAUCAUCAGCAGUGAGCAGUGCAGAGUUGCUGCUGGAAUGGAGUCGACAUGAAGCUCUGAGUACGAUCGCAACAAUGCGAAUGGUCGAUUUACCGCUGUCCGAAGCGCAAGUUGGCAUAGAAUCGGAGUUCAAUGAUGAAGUCGUUCGUGAGGCGGAUUCGAAGUCAAGUGAAUCAAUUUCGUCGCGUCUUCAUAAGUGCCACCAAGCAAAUCUUCACAGCAUCAUCGUUUCUGAACANAAUCGACGAUCCACAUCCGAUUAUGAUGAAGUGCAGAAACAACAUCGCUCUGAGUUGACGUUGGAGAGGGAUUAUUUCAAUUUGCGAAAGAUCAUUUUGGUGGCAACGCUGAAGUCAACUUUGUUUGGAUUGGAUAGCAGUGAUGGUUCAAUAUUGUGGAGGCUUUAUUUGGGUCGUGAUACGAUACCUCUGAAAGAGAGUCUUGGGUCUGAGACGGUUCCGUUGUUUGUGCAACGCACAACGGCACACUAUCAACACGCUGCGUUGGCAUCGAUUGUUUUAGCAAAUAAAUAUACUCGAAAUGGAGUACUCAUAAAAUUCAAUCCGAUCACGGGAAAGUUAUUGGAGAGGAUCGAUUUGCCGUAUCGUGUAAAGAAGGUGGAUAUGUUACCGAUUGUUGAUGCGCAAAAUAUUCAUCCGUUGUUGAUUAUGGACAGGUCGGAUAAGGUUAGCGUUGUGUUUCAGUUGGGUAUUUAUCCAUUCGUUUGUGAUCUUGUCGUUUGUGAUUGUUACGUAUAA